AAAUGCUGAUGCGGCGAUUUGACGUUCAAUACACAGUAACAUAAUAAAGUCAUCUAUCAUUACUCAGCAUUGUUUGCAACAGAGGUUAUAAGUUUGGAAAAUAUAAUAAAGUUUGAAUACAAGACGAGAAAAAAAUGGUUGCGAAAAAUGAGCCCCAACAACAAGAUGUUGAAAUGGAAAGCGCUGAAGACAUCGAAAAUCAAAAGCGUGAACAGGAUUCGGCGUCCGUGCAAGAGAUUCGUGAGCAUUGUCGACAAAUCGAAAAGGCUGUAUUAACAAAGGAGCCCCGUUUCAUAUUGCGUGUAUUGAGAUCAUUGCCAAAUACACGUCGCAAAGUGAAUACGAUUGUUCUACGCAAUUUGACCACAAAUUUUUAUCCAGUUGGUGCUGAACGUGAUGCAAUCAAUCAAUUUUUAGAUGCAUUACAACCGGGACAAGAAUUAGAUGAGCGAAAACGAGCCACAAUCAAAACACCAAUUCCCGAAGUUGAUGCAUAUCUGCAUUUGUUGGUGCUAGUGUUUUUGUUGGAUAAAUCCCAAUUGGAUAAAGCGCAAAUCUGUUCGGAAGCAUUGAUUAAGAAAAUUGUUGAACAAAAUCGACGUACAUUGGAUUUGAUUGCGGCCAAAAUCUAUUUCUAUUAUUCACGCGUUGCCGAAUUGACCGAUUCAUUAGAGAGUAUUCGUAGUUUUUUGCACAAUCGUUUGCGUACGGCCACACUACGUAAUGAUUUCGAAGGUCAAGCUGUGCUCAUCAAUUGUUUGUUGCGUAAUUAUUUGCAUUAUUCGUUGUACGAUCAGGCCGAUAAAUUGGUGAAGAAAUCAGUAUUCCCGGAAACGGCCAGCAACAAUGAAUGGGCACGAUUUUUAUACUAUUUGGGCCGUAUCAAGGGUGCAAAAUUGGAAUACAGUGAUGCUCACAAGAAUUUAGUGCAAGCAUUACGAAAAUCACCACAAAAUGCUGCUAUCGGUUUUCGUCAAACCGUUCAAAAAUUGAUCAUUGUCGUCGAAUUGUUGCUCGGUAAUAUACCUGAUCGUCAAAUCUUCCGUCAGGCUGCAUUGCGUCGCUCGUUGAUUCCAUAUUUUCAAUUGACACAAGCCGUUCGUUUGGGUAAUUUGCAACGUUUUGGUGAAGUACUGGAAAAUUUCACACCGAAAUUUCAACAAGAUCAUUCAUACACAUUGAUUAUACGUUUGCGUCAUAAUGUCAUCAAGACGGCCAUUCGUUCAAUUGGUUUAUCGUAUUCACGUAUUUCGCCCGAACACAUUGCCAAGAAAUUGGGAUUGGACAGUGCCGAAGAUGCUGAAUUUAUUGUGGCCAAAGCAAUUCGUGAUGGGGUCAUCGAAGCAACUAUCGAUCCGGAAAAAGGUUAUAUGCGCAGCAAAGAAAGCAUGGAUGUUUACAGUACACGGGAUCCACAAUUGGCGUUCCAUCAGCGUAUUUCGUUUUGUUUGGAUUUGCACAACCAAAGUGUGAAAGCAAUGCGUUAUCCACCAAAAUCGUAUGGCAAAGACUUGGAAAGUGCAGAAGAGCGACGGGAACGUGAACAACAAGAUCUUGAGCUUGCCAAAGAAAUGGCCGAAGACGAUGAUGAUGGUUUCUAAGCAUUUGGGCUCAUCGCAAAGAAAAAUAUGUUCAAUUGUUCACUCUUCAACAACAUCAAACAUGUGAGGAAUUCAACCAAUUUUGCCGUGUGAAAUAUCAAUUCAACACUAGCACAUGAUUUAAUCAUAAGUUUCUUUCUUUUGCAUUGGUUAUUGAAAUCAUUUAAUACAAUUAACCUUAUCCCACUUAUUCGAUAGUUUCUUUUGUGUUGAAAUACCAACAUUGGAUAAUAAAAUCAUCAACAAAUCAAA